GUAGUCGUGUCGCGAGAUUAGCGCCAACUCCUCCACCACCUGUUCCUCUACUCUUCACUUCCACCAACUAAAUUUCUCUCGUUCUCAAACAUUAAAUACCAGUCAAUAUGCCUACCGAAUUCGAAAUGCGUCAGCGAAACGCCAAGUUUGCCAAAGAUGCACGGGCAGGCAAGAAACCAACACAUCAGUCAAGAAGCGAAAAGCUAGCAAAGCAAAGCCCAAUAGGUGCUUGGACUCUGGGAGUCAUUCUCUUUGUCGUCUGUGGAGGAGCAUUAUUCGAGCUCGCAAGAUUGAUUUUCGUGCGGUGAUGCGAUACCCGAGAGAGGAGGGUGGUAUUACUUAUCGCUUUCGCAAUACUGGAUCAGCUACCUGGUCAACGUUAUGGACCCCAGGGGACCCCAUUGUAUAUCAGAUUUCAUCACCCUUUAUUCAAGUAACACUGAAUGUUCCCCACACAUCCCGAGGAAUACCGUGACCAC